AUGGCUACUAUUUACUUUUCGACUUUUGUAUCUUCUCUCAUAUUGAGUGCUUUUAUGUUCAUGAGUUUCGACGGUUUUGUCACAGCGGUGAAUGCGAGACAUCUUUUGGAGAUACCACUACCCAAGGUGCCUGAAGAGCUUCUGAAGCCAGAAGUACCCAGUUUGUCAAAGCCCGAGCUUCCUCCAUUGCCGAAGGUUGAGUUACCUCCUUUGGAAAAGCCUAAAGUGCCCGAAUUGCCGAAACCUGAGCUCCCAAAAUUGCCUCAAUUGCCUAAAUUUGACGUACCCGAAGUACCAGAAUUGCCUAACGUGCCUAAACCUGAACUCCCUAAGUUGCCGGAAUUGACACCUCUCCCAAAGCCUGUUUUGCCUACCCUUUCAAAGGACAUUCCUAUCCCUUCCUUCAACCCACCACAUACAUCUACCACUAAACCUUGA